AUGGCUUCCAAGAAGAAGUGGGCUGAGCGGAGGGAGGUGCGCAGGGAGCGGCCGUUCUCCACCCGGGAUGAUUCAUCUGUUGCGUCCGGGACAUCUGGGCCGGGGCGUCCCACCACCAGGGGGCGCUUCUCAGAGUCGUGGAAGAGGCUCAGCUCCAGAGGGGGUUCCACCAAGAGGGGGGUGCUCAACUCCCAGCAGCCACCGGCACAGAAAUCGUGGAUAGAGAGAGCAUUCAGCAAGAGAGAAUGUGUUCAUAUCAUAGUGAGCGCCAAAGACCCCCAUAGGUGCUGUUGUGGUCGUCUGAUAGGUCAGCAUGUGGGCUUGCCGCCGGGCAUCUCAUCUAGUCAGAAUGAUAAGGCAGAACGAUUGGCCAAGAAUGACAGCCUGUCGGAGAAGUGGUCGAUCAGCAAGCACACACAGCUCAGCCCCACUGAUGCCUUCGGCACCAUCGAGUUCCAGGGAGGAGGACACUCCAACAAAGCCAUGUACGUGCGAGUGUCUUAUGACACCAAGCCUGACCUGCUGCUCCACCUGAUGACCAAGGAGUGGCAGCUGGAUCUGCCUAAGCUGCUCAUCUCAGUCCACGGGGGCCUGCAGAACUUUGAAUUACAGCCCAAACUCAAACAGGUCUUUGGCAAAGGGCUCAUCAAGGCUGCCAUGACAACAGGGGCCUGGAUCUUCACCGGUGGGGUCAAUACAGGAGUGAUUCGCCAUGUGGGUGAUGCAUUGAAAGACCACGCCUCCAAGUCAAGGGGGAAGAUCUGCACCAUUGGCAUUGCUCCGUGGGGCAUCGUAGAAAAUCAAGAGGACCUUGUUGGUAAAGAUGUGGUGCGUCCAUACCAGACCAUGUCCAACCCCAUGAGCAAGUUGACUGUUCUGAACAGCCUCCACUCCCACUUCAUCCUGGCAGACAAUGGCACAACGGGAAAGUAUGGUGCCGAGGUCAAACUGCGACGUCAAUUGGAGAAACACAUCUCGCUGCAGAAGAUCAACACACGUAUUGGUCAGGGUGUGCCGGUGGUGGCUCUGAUCGUAGAGGGAGGUCCUAAUGUGAUCUCCAUUGUGCUGGAGUACCUCAGGGACACACCUCCCGUCCCUGUGGUGGUGUGUGACGGCAGCGGCAGGGCUUCAGACAUCUUGGCCUUCGGACAUAAAUACUCCGAGGAGGGAGGCAUAAUUAACGAGUCUCUGAGAGACCAGUUGCUGGUGACCAUCCAGAAGACUUUCACCUACAGCCGCACACAGGCCCAACAUCUGUUCAUCAUUCUCAUGGAGUGCAUGAAGAAGAAGGAGCUGAUAACAGUUUUCCGGAUGGGUUCAGAGGGUCAUCAGGACAUUGACCUUGCCAUCCUCACUGCAUUACUCAAAGGUGCCAACGCUUCAGCUCCUGACCAGCUGAGUUUGGCUCUGGCUUGGAACAGAGUGGACAUCGCCCGCAGUCAAAUCUUCAUCUACGGACAGCAGUGGCCUGUCGGUUCCCUGGAGCAAGCAAUGCUGGAUGCCUUAGUUCUGGACAGAGUGGACUUUGUCAAGCUGCUGAUUGAAAAUGGAGUCAGUAUGCACCGUUUCCUCACGCUUUCCAGGCUGGAGGAGCUCUACAACACGAGACAUGGACCGUCCAACACGCUGUACCACCUCGUCAGAGACGUCAAAAAGGGAAACCUGCCCCCGGACUACCGCAUCAGCCUCAUCGACAUUGGACUGGUCAUUGAAUACCUCAUGGGCGGGGCAUAUCGGUGUAACUACACCAGGAAGAGAUUCAGAACUCUGUACCACAACCUCUUUGGACCUAAGAGGCCCAAAGCCCUGAAACUGCUGGGGAUGGAGGAUGACAUGCCCAUCCGCAGAGGCCGCCAGAAGACGACGCGCAAACGAGAGGAGGAAGUGGACAUCGAUUUGGACGACCCCGAAAUCAACCACUUCCCUUUCCCCUUCCAUGAGCUUAUGGUGUGGGCCGUGCUUAUGAAACGCCAGAAGAUGGCGCUGUUCUUUUGGCAGCAUGGCGAAGAGGCCAUGGCCAAGGCUUUGGUAGCAUGUAAGCUUUGUAAGGCGAUGGCACACGAAGCCUCUGAGAACGACAUGGUGGAUGACAUCUCGCAGGAGCUAAACCACAACUCCAGAGAGUUUGGCCAGCUGGCAGUGGAACUCCUCGACCAGUCCUAUAAACAGGACGAGCAGAUGGCCAUGAAGCUGCUGACGUAUGAGCUGAAGAACUGGAGCAACGCCACCUGCCUGCAGCUGGCGGUAGCAGCCAAACACAGAGAUUUCAUCGCUCACACCUGCAGUCAGAUGCUGCUGACCGACAUGUGGAUGGGACGUCUGCGCAUGCGCAAAAACUCAGGCCUGAAGGUAAUCUUAGGCCUGCUCCUGCCACCGUCCAUCCUGAGUCUGGAGUUUAAGAACAAGGAUGAGAUGUCCUACAUGCCCCAGGAUCAGGAAGCGUACCUGCAGGAGAAGGAGGAGGAGGAGCCUGAGAAACCAGUCAAGGAGAAGGAGGAGGAAGACAUGGAGUUCACAGUAAGAUCUUACUGUGAGACGCAGUACAACUCCGUGGCAAUGCUGGGUAAGGUAACCACAGAGACAUCCAGAAAGAAGGAUGUUGAGGAGGUUCAGAAACGCCACCGCCUCAUCCCCAUGGGACGCAAGAUAUACGAGUUCUACAACGCUCCAAUUGUCAAGUUCUGGUUCCAUACGAUGGCAUACGUGGGCUACCUGAUGUUGUUCAACUACAUCGUCCUGGUCAAGAUGGAUCUGUGGCCGUCUCCUCAGGAGUGGAUUGUCAUCGCUUACAUCUUCACCAACGGCAUUGAAAAGAUGAGAGAGAUCCUGAUGUCAGAGCCAGGGAAGCUGCUACAGAAGGUGAAGGUGUGGCUUCAGGAGUACUGGAACAUCACAGACCUCAUGGCCAUCCUCAUAUUCUCUGUCGGCAUGGUUCUGCGUCUCCAGGAGCCGCCACUCAUGAGCUACGGGCGGGUCAUCUACUGCGUCAACAUCAUCUAUUGGUACAUCCGGCUGCUGGACAUCUUUGGGGUCAACAAGUACCUGGGUCCCUAUGUGAUGAUGAUUGGCAAAAUGAUGAUCGACAUGAUGUAUUUUGUGAUCAUCAUGUUGGUGGUGCUGAUGAGUUUUGGGGUGGCACGUCAGGCCAUCCUCAACCCUAAUGAAGACCCGUCCUGGAUGCUAGCUAGGAACAUCUUCUUCAUGCCUUACUGGAUGAUCUACGGAGAGGUGUUUGCCGACCAGAUUGACCAUUUGCAUAGUAGGAAGUUACAGCACAGGCUGAAUGAAAAACUCUGGCUGGUCGAAAAUUACAUUCGAACUCACGGAACCUGGCGUAGUAGUGGUGGUGGUACAUCCCACAUUGCCCAGUGCAGUCAAAACAACACCCCCUGUGGGCAGAACAUCACUACAGAUGAUGGGGUGGUGGUGGCCCUGCCUCCCUGUAAGACUGGUGCCUGGAUUGUCCCAGCCAUCAUGGCCUGCUAUCUGCUGGUGGCCAACAUACUGCUGGUCAACCUACUCAUAGCUGUGUUCAAUAACACAUUCUUCGAGGUGAAGUCCAUCUCCAACCAGGUUUGGAAGUUCCAGCGCUACCAGCUCAUUAUGACCUUCCAUGAGCGCCCAGUCCUUCCUCCACCCCUCAUCAUCUUCAGUCACAUAACUAUGGUCCUCAAGCACUUGUGUUGUCGCUGGCGCAAGCACGAUGACGACGAGAGGGACUAUGGACUAAAACUUUUCAUCACAGAGGAUGAGCUGAAGAAAGUCCAUGACUUUGAGGAGCAAUGCAUAGAGGAGUACUUCAGGGAGAAAGAUGACCGAUUCCACUCUUCUAACGAUGAAAGGAUCAGAGUCACUUCUGAAAGGGUGGAGAAUAUGGCAAUGCGUCUCGAGGAAGUCAAUGAAAGGGAACACUUCAUGAAGGCCUCGCUGCAGACCGUAGACAUCCGUCUGGCUCAAAUGGAGGAGCUGAUUGGAAGAAUUGCCGUAGCACUGGAGCGCGUGACAGGUGUUGAGCGUGGGGAGGUCAACAAAGUACGUUCGCGGACUUCAUCUGACUGCACAGACUCUGCAUACAUACUCCGCCAGGGUGAGUGCCCAGAAGCAGCAUACAUCCUGCGACAAAGCAGCUUUAACAGCACAGAGGGGAAUGCCUACCGCCUGCAGGAGGCACUGGAGGGAACAGCUGAGGGCUCCAUGUCCCCUCCUUCCCCUACUAGCAUGGCCGCACGGACAAGGAGCCACUCAUUUUAUCACGGUCGUGGUGGUGAACGUGCAAGUGGAGCUGAACGAGCUGAGAGCUUCUUCAAAGAACGCUCCCUCAGUCUCCAUCGAGCCAACAGCUCACAAUCAGUGUCCUCAGGUGCCGCCCCCAAGGAGUCUAAGCCCCUCCCUCUGGCGACGCUGUCGGUCUCCCAGCAGCACCGUCCAUCAUCAUGCAUUGAUAUCUAUGUCUCAACUUCUGAGGAGGUGGGGCCUGCGGAGGUCUUUCUGGAUCCUCUCCGAGUGGUCCCACCACUCCAGAGGGACUGCUCGGUGCAGUCGGAUACAAUGGAGACGGUGCUGCCGGGAGGCCGGGACUUCAGCAGUGCUGCCACCAGUGGUAUGGGCGACAGGCACUCGGAGGGUGGAGCAGGCAGCAGCGGAACAGCUGGAGCCAUGUUUGAUGACAGUGCAGCUGCUGACUUGUCGUUGUGCUCAGCCCACCUUUUACCAGACACCACUUUACCUCCUUGGGACAUGGAACCAUCCCCACCUCCCUCAGCAGGGCUGCUGGAGCGCUCUAAGAGCAGCCGCUACCUCUCUACAGCAGGCACAUCAUUCCUGGAUGAGCCCCCUCUGGUCAAGUCACACAGCCUCAUGUUCACACCAAGAGGCUGUUACAGUGGAAUAGGCGCAGGAGUCCAGGUAAAAGCUGCAGAGUACACCAGCAUCACUGACUGCAUCGACACACGCUGUGUCUCAGCCCCAUACACUCCUGCAGAACGCUCAAACUCCCCCGGAGGAUCCACCUCUUUCCCCUUUGAUAAGCCGCCAGACAUUGCUUCCUCUCACCCAGAGAGAGAAGCAGAGCUUAGCCACACAGAGUCUGAUCCUGAGGACCCUGAGGACCUGAUUCCGGCCCCUGAUACGCCUCGUCUAGGGGGCCUUGGUGGGCCCAGUGGAGCCCCUCUCUGCUCCCCCUUCUCCAGGCUGGAGCGAGCAAACAGCUGCUCCUCAGACGACUCCCAUCCUUCCCUCACGCUGGCCCCUCCGCACCGGAAGAGCCUGUCGGUGAGUGAGAGGAUGGAGAGGGGACCGGGUCUGGGGGCAGACAGGGGGCCUGGGCCGGGGGGCCGGGGUCUGGCAGGAACCAGAAACCCCUUCCUCAGGAGCAAGUCUGGAGCACGGCCCGAAGCAGCCAAGACUGACAGCCUGUCCAUGAGGAAGCUGGCCACUCCGUCAGCUUUCCGCAGCUUUGAUAGACAAAACUACACGUGACAAGAACACUGGUCGGCACACUCACACACUGAUAGGACCAGGGAGGAAAACUGAAAGGGCCAAGGGCAAAUGGUGAAAGCAGGGUGAAGUUGCCCAUAGAUGAUGAUCUGAACCAGAUCUACAGUUUUUUCACUUACGUUUUAGGUUAGAAAAGAUGGUAAAAGUUUAUUUAUAGACAGUACUGGGGAGGCAACUUUACCCUGGAUCAGGUGUUGGGGGGGGGGGGGAGGAUGGGAGAUGUAGGCGUCCUACUGUACACCAGUCAAAAACAAAGAGCUAUGAAUCUAGAGUAGUUUUUACCUCCUCUUGUAGCUAAGUAACUCUCAAUGGGGUGUUAUGGCAAUGGAAGGUGUAUUUGUACUGUAUGUCUUCCACCCACCACCUUUACGUCAAGUAGACAUCUGUCACUGUGUUACAUCACAUAUCAAUCACGUAAGUCAGAGAAAGUGUACUGUUACUCCUAGCUGCAUUACAUGGUAGAAACUGUCAAGUCUGAGAGACAGAGAGGCAAAAGAAAGAAAAGACAGCCACCUCAUUUUGUCAUUUUGUCUUAGCGUAGAGUCAUUACUGUCGCAAAACUUUCGCUUUAAAUGCAUUAUCCUCUCUUCAUAUAAUCCUAACUCCACUCUGUAAGAGCCAGGCACUAGCAAACAGAGAGAAGCUAUUAUUUAUGGCUGCUUCAUAAAGGAUUCAGUGAAGUGUUUGAAACCAUCGGGAGCUAUGUCCUCUCUUGGUUGCACUGGAAAUGAUUGCUGUAACAUGGCAACAACUUACCUCUAGAUACACAAAUACACCUUUCAAAUAAUCAAUAUUUAUCUCUUUUUUCAGAAGUAUAUCAAAUUUGCCUUUCGUUGUCUUGUGUUUUUUUGUAGCAUAAUUUAUCUACUCAGCUGUUUCUUUAAGUCCAGUUAAAAAAAAAGCAGUGUUUUAAUGUACACCAGUCAAAAGGUCAUUACUCUAUCACAAGUCUACAGUCAUGGCUGUCGUAUGUCAGCAGUCUGUAUCUGCAGUAACAACUGGGUUUAAUUAGCCACAUGAUAAGACUGAAAAGCUAAAUGUUAUCAGGAAAAACGCGAGAAGGAAUGUGACAUGAGAUUAGCAGGUGACAGCAUCCAGUGUUUUACAACUGAUGUUCGGGGGAACAGGAGUCGAGGCAUGAAACUAUAACAGGAAAUGGAGAUAGAAGAGUUUAAUCAAGUGCAUGUCGACAUUCACAUGCGUAUUUACAUGUCUACACACACACGCACACACACACUGUCAAUCUUACAUAACACUAGAAAAUAAACUCCAGUUCAGACCUGAUCCCUGAGAGCUUUAACAAGUGCAAUUGCAAAAAAUGGGGGCAAGAGGGCGCUAUGAGCCUAUUUCUAAAGCAAUGCUUGCUGGGUGAACCUGAUGUGAACCUUCUUUGCCUGCACCUGACACCAAAAAUCCUUACACUCUCUUGUAGCCCAGCCCUCCUCCUUCAGGUUUUGGCAGUGGCAUUAUGUUGCAAUGGUUUUACAUCCACCUACGCCUAAUGGAUCCGUCCUUCAUCGACUCCAUAACUGUCAUUCAUUUGCUUUUCUCCUUUAUUUUGUUAAUUGCAUUCAGAGCCAGACACUGCAAAAGGAGACUUUAAUAGAAAGCAAUUACCCGAUGACUAAGCCCAUUAUAAAACAUAUACAGAGUUCCUACAGAAAGAGCUAAUUUAUGAAUUUAUUUUUUAAAAAAGAAGCUUGAAAUAAGCUGUCAAGUAUAUGCAUUCUAGCUGAGAUAUAAGGAAGACGUGCAUUUUAAGUGACAUGGAGGAGGAAACAUGGGGUUUAAUAUUAUUAAAAGAUGAAAGCCAGAUCAGUGUUUUAAAAAAAAUAUCUUUUUUUAAUCAAAUGGGAAAAGUCUGGGGGGAGGAAGAUAUCCUUCUCUGAUGGCUUUGUAAAGAUAAGAUUAGGUAAAAUUAAUAGAAUUCUUUCUGAUUUUUUUUUAUUUUUCUUUUAUAUUUCCUCACUAUUACAAUUUAGUUUAAUCAUGUUGCAUUUAUUUUGAGAUUGAUUCUAUUUAUUGACAUUUCCUUGCUCAUUAUCGACGAUUACAGUAAAUGCCUGUUUGAAUUAUGAAAUCAAUAUUUAUAUCUUCUCAGUGAUAUUUUUGUCAAAUUUUAAGUAUUUUCUAAUUAAGCUUUUAAAUUUAAUAAAAAGAUGACCAUCGACAUGCACUAAAUGCUGAUGUAUUAUAUUAUUUAUUAAAUAUAGAAUUGUCUGAUAUACUGUACAUUUCAAUCAUAUUUAAAGUAUUUAAAGUAGUUUUUAUUGUAUGUUUUAUCAAGCAGCCUCUGAGAAUUUUCUAAUGUAAAGUUGACACGGCAAUACACAGUUGCCUGAAAACCAAACUUAGGGUGCCUUUUGGGCAUGGAUGGAGUAUGUGGGGACUGAAGUGAUUCAGAAAUCUGUGAAAUUUCUCAUUUCUUGUUUUUCUCCCCCUAAUCAUAGAGCCUAAAUAUCUGUGAUUAUUUUCAACAUGUGGCUUUUGCAUACACUCAUAGACCUUUGUUGUUCUCUUUAAACACAUCUGAUGUACAGAGCGGGGGAUAUGUUGUUAUUGGUAGACUGUAUCAUUGCUUGUAUGGACAUUUAAAUCCACCGAAACACAGAGAGAUCUCAUUCAGAAUAAUAAAUCUGUUUGCACAUGAAACUGAGACAAAAAGGUGAGGAUAUAGCAUGAAUUUGUAUGAUCUGAUUUAUCUCGCUUAUCUCUUUGUGUCACACUCCACAGUCCUGUUUGCUGAUCCAAACUGUUCAUACACCUGUUAGCUCUGACCCAAACCCUAAAACUUAAAGGGGCUCUCCAGUGAUUUAAUACUGCACAGGUUGGGGGACUUUUUAGACACAGAUUUUAGUCCCCAGUAUGGAUCCUACAAUUCCCAUGGUGCAACUCAAUAGCAUCUUUUUAUAGACUUUCCCUGACUGUUAAAUCGUCUCAUCUUUCAAACCCUGUAUCCCUAGUUGAUAACACAGGUUGUCUGUGAAAUAUUUGAAGUCUCAAGCCUGACUGAAAAUAACCCUGAUAACAUCAUCAGGAUUAUUUUCAGAAGCCCCUUUUACACUGCCUGUUCAAGGUGGGAAUGUUGCAUCUUUAUUCCACCUUGCUGUUCUUUAUAAACGGUAUGAGUGCAGAAUGGGGGACACAGUUGUCUUGCCUUUAAACUGGCAGUGUAAGUAGGAACAGCACCGGAUCGACAUCUGUGUAAAAGGGAUAACAAGUAAGAUGGGACCAUGGACGGGACAGGUGGGUUAUGUGUGCGACCUACUGCCGGGAGAUUUCAAAAGCAGCUAGCAGCAGUUAGCAGCUGUCUCAAAGAAGAAGAAUAGAUGAUGAUUUUUUUCUGCAAAUUGGGAAGUCAAUGAGGUCUGGGAGCUCCUUACCCUCCGAGCAGAGAGUAAGAUCAGUCUCUAUGUAACGGGGAAGGUAAAUGACUGUAAUAGCCAUGUUGUUGUUUAGAAAGCGCUGCUAACAUGUAUGUUAUAUGUCACACUAGAGGUUCAUGCUAUAUGUUGUCACAAGUCAUGCCUCUUUUGCCUCCAGGACACCGACUUAAAUCACACACGGGAUGGCAUGAUGCCACCGUUCUUAGGUUCUGUGUAGAAAAGGCAAAGAGGGUGUAAUGAAGGGACUUCAUUAUUGUGCGAACUUGGUCUAAAAAAGGGGCUUUAGACUUCAGAAAGCUCCAUCCAGAGCUACACAAGACAUACAACUGUGUUCAGAGGCUGAAUAGCAAACUAAAAUUGGUGGAGAUCCCCUUUAAAACAGUAAUUACAACACUAUUACUUUGUGGACACAUGCUCAGUAUGGAUCACAUGAGUUCGAAAGAUCAGGCAGGAACACACUUGAAAUACCCAGAUGAAAAAUGUGAUGUUGUGGCCCAACGGUACAUGCAAAGGAUCGGAUUUGCAAUUUCCUCAACAAAUAUGUGGUUUACUGUGUGUUUAAGAGAGGAAAGGUUGACCCCAAGUCAAUACUCAGGGACAACGUUACCCCAGUGAUGCAAGGUAGCAAGUUUAUUAUGGUGGAAAGAGAGAUAGAAGUAGAGAGGUUUGGAUUUGUCUGCAGCAGAAGGCCUCCAAUAUAAUCACUGUGCUUUAGGAGUCUAACCCAGAGUCUUCGGGGAUCGUAGGGACAUCUUUUUGUGUCUUUUGUCUUAAGAAAUGGCAAUAGAAAAUGAAUGAAUGUCUUCAUACUUGAUCGACUGACUUUUUUGACCCACAGGAGUUUAACUUCUUCGCAAUCCAAACAAGAAUUGUGUAUUGUCAGAGAGGGCUUUGGUCCCUCACACGCUGAACCAAACCAAACUUUACCAAACCAAAUGAAAAGGAGCUGAGUUGCACUCUGCUGACCUGCUGUCUACACAGCCACGGCUGACAGGAGUCAACCAAGCAAAGUUCGCAGAGUCCAACUCAGUUAUGCAUGGCUUACUAUGUAAACAGUUGACUGUGUCGGACUGAAAGUUAAGACCCUCCUGUUUGACCUACUGUGAUAGAAAAUCUAAAUAUUAUUUUUAAAUUUGUUUAUCCUUACAGUAAGGAACAUGAGAUUACAUAUAAGUGUCCAAGGCACUUCUAACUCGUGUGUACAUGAUUCUAUAAAUGGUUUUGUGGUAUGUUGACAUGGCUGUAAGGAGGCGUGUGUAAGUGCGUGUACAUUAGCUGCGUGUGAACCCAGACAUAUAGAUGACACCAGUAACAGGGAGGCAUGCCAAUACAACACAACCUGACAGAAUCUCAGUGUACAGUAUUUUUUAAAUAUUUUCCUAUACUGUAUCUCAUGAGCAUAUGAUGAUAAUCAGCUUCCUUCCUAUAACGACCUGUGACUCGUAACCUAAAGAGAGUUCCACGCACGUUUUUUUUUUUUUU